AUGACGUCAUCAAACAACCUGUACUUCAUCCUAACAAGAAAGGUUGACUACCUGGGACAUCUAAAUGCUGGCCGCAUAUGCCACAUCAAUGAAUACAAGCACAAAUCAGCACUCAGAAAAUCUCUCACAAAGCUGCCCGUCUUCAUCAUUGGCUCUGUGUCAACGUUAGAUUAUGAAAUAGAGGUGAGCAGCCUGGAGGAGUUGAGUAGAGAGGAAGCCGAGCUGCUGCAGGCCCUGCCUGACGACGCAGAGAGGCUGAAGUGGUACAAGGACAAGGAUGCUCUUCGGACAGCUCAGGGACUCACUGUUGGCACUGCAGUGACUGUGGACAAAGGAGGGGAGAAGCUGAGAGGCAUCCUUCGCUACAUUGGAGGACUUACAGAGUCAACGUAUUCCCGUCCCCUAUCAGGAACGUCGUUUGGCGUUGAACUGCAGGGAGAAGACAAGGGGAAGGGGAAUAAUAAUGGAUCCUAUGAGUGUAAAACCCUCUUCUCCUGUGCGAAAGAUUGUGGCAUUUUUGUCCCAUUCUCCAAAGUCAGGCCUGUGGUUCCCAGCUCAUUAUCACCCUCCAGCCCUACACACUCACAAACAGAAGAGCUAGCCCCGGGAGACAGAGUCACUUACUUCGUCGGUGAUAAAUGUCGGCACGGUAUGGUGGUGGAUGUGCAGGAGAACGGCAGAGAGCAUAUUGUUAGGAUCUCCACAGACACAGAUGAGAAUGGAAAGCGAGGGGGCGAAGUUGAUGUUCCACUACACUCAGUUUUUAAGGGGGAGGUGCCUGCAGAACCAGAGAGCAUGGACGUUGAAACACCCCCGGUGGAACCAAACAAUGAUGAUCUGUACUUGGAUCUGAGUGUGAACUCUGUGGUGGAGGUGACCUUGGGCACAGGCAAUUCAUAUGGAAUCAUCCGCUGGAUCGGAACUCUGCCUGGUCGACAGGAAACCAUGGCUGGGCUAGAGCUGGAGGAAGACAAUGGAGUGAGUGACGGUACCUUCAAAAAUGAGCGUUUCUUCGCUUGUCCAGCCAAGAGAGCUCUGUUCGUGAAGCUCAGCUCCUGCCGUACUGACUCACGAUUUCAGAGCGCAUCAGCCGAACACAGCGAGAGGAUGCCACCUUUGACACAGGAAAACACAGAGAGAGAGAUGGAAACCAGUACAGGGAAGCUGGGGACUGUCCCUCCUAUCAGCACAGAGCAGGUUAACCAGAUUCUGAUUGGACGAAUGAGGGGGAUCCAAGGCCACUGCAACUCCUGCUACAUGGAUGCUGCGCUCUUCAGUUUGUUUUCCUGCUCCUCUGUGUUGGACUCCAUGCUGUUUAAAUCAACGGAACCUCAAGAUGCCCCGAUUCAGAACACACUGCUACACGACAUUGUUAAUCCCCUCCGCAGUAAGGGCUUUGUGGAAGGACGGCACAUCAUGAAGCUCCGGCAGCAGCUGCAGAAACACGGCUACAGUCACUCCUUCACCACAGAUGAGAAGGAUCCAGAGGAGUUCCUCACUGUCAUCAUGCACCACAUUCUUGCACUGGAUCCUCUACUCAAACUCUCAGCGGGCGGUAAAGUGCAGGAGAGUUACUGCUACCAGAUCUUCUUGGACCAGAAUCACAGCCUGGUGCUGCCUACGGUCCAGCAGCUGCUGGAGCAUUCCUUCCACACUGCAGGACUCAAGCUGGCAGAGGUACCAUCCUGCCUCAUCCUCCAGAUGCCUCGCUUUGGGAAGAAAUUCAAGAUGUUUGACAAAAUCAUUCCCUCUCUGGAGCUGGACAUCACCGACCUCCUCUCUGAGGGUCCUCAGCAGUGCAUGCUGUGUGGAAACUUGGCCCAGAUGGAGUGCACUGACUGUUUUACAGAUCCUCUUUUCAGCCAGACGGGAUUUAAAAUCUUCUGCAGGACGUGUUCAACUCAGGUGCACUCCCAUCCUCAACGCCGGUCCCAUCAACCAGCUGCUCUGGACAUCCCCAAGGGUUACUUGGGUCGCAGCAUGCCUCACGCUCUGAUCAGAGACAAGCUGGAGCUGUUUGCCGUGCUCUGCAUCGAGACGAGCCACUACGUGUCCUUCAUCAAACACGGACCCAACAGCCAGGACUGGAUCUUCUUCGACAGCAUGGCAGACAGAGAAGGGGAGGUAGACGGCUUCAACAUCCCGGAGGUUCACGCCUGCCCGGAGGUCGGCACCUACCUGGAAAUGUCUCUCGCCGAGCUGGCCAAUCAGGUGCCUCGAGACAUGAAAGGCGUGGCCAAACGUCUCUUUUGCGACGCCUACAUGUACCUGUAUCAGAGCACCAGCAUGUGUCUCUAUCGCUGAGGGGACGUCACCCCACAGCUGACUCAUUCCACAAAAUGUAAAUUGGAAAAAAAAAAUAAUGUUCCCUUUGCUGUUCAUGUAAUUUCCAUUGUGGAUUGGUUUGUUAUUAGUUUACGAAUGUGUACAAGUACACACAUGAACAUUGAAAACAUGUAUAUAUAUAUAUAAUUUUCUGCCCUGGUGUUGGGAUAGUAUUAUCAGGCUAAUUUAUAACAAUAUUGUACAAACUGACUGAUCAUUUUGCACUAUAAAGACAAAAAAAAGACAAUUCCUGACAUGUGUUGGCUUGUGGUGGCAAAGACAAAUGUUGCACUGUAAUAUUCUGAUUUUGUAGUUUAUGGUUUCCUCUUGGUCUUUAAAAGUUAUGCUUACAUUUUUAUACUGAGAGUGAAUGAGUGUUGCAGAUGAAAUAGUCCACCAAAGAAGACAGCAUAGUAAUGCUUUGAGAGUGGCCUGCAGUACUAAACAGUACUAUUGUAAAUACAAUGUUAUUCAUUUGCUGUGUAAGCUUACCAUUGUGCCUUAAUGUCAAUGAGGGUUUAGGAUGGUGACUGGAACAGUUACUUUAUAUAUUUUAGUAUAAUUUGUUCAGAUUAUUUUGAAUAUUGAAUAUGAAAAUGCUCUUUUGUAUCUAUUAAAUCCAUGUAUCAUUUGUUCUUUUCAUAUUCAGUUGGGUAAUCCAAAAUCGGACAUGGAAAAACGAUUUGUUAUGUGUUUAUUCAUCUAUGAAUCCAACACAAAAAAAAACUAAUAACGGCUUGUUUUCCGUACUUUGAUUUUAUGCUCAAAAUAAAAAAUAGGAAAUUUAAAAACGGGCCACAGACUGAAUUUGUUAGAUAUUUAAUGUGUCCAAUUCAUGUAACCAGGAAGUUACUGACUUCUUUGUGUGUUGCAUUUAUAGCUAAUAGCCUAACUUUGCAGCAAAUAGGCUACACUUGGGCGAUGGCACCACCUGAUUUAAUGUAUGAUAAUGAAUAUAAGCUUGAACAUCAAUAUAUAUAUAUACAUUUUUCUUUUUCGCAAAGUAGCCUAUUUUGGAAAAUGUCGCAUUAAAAGUCUUCACUUGUGUGAACAGAUACACAUUUAAAAGAAACAGGAAGUAUAUUGUUGCCAUGGAUACAGCGAACAGCAACGUGUUCCCCGUUUUAUAUUUCUUUACAUUUUUGAAAACGAAAAAGUUCGCCGAACUAACAUUUUUUGUAAACAAACAAAUAAAAAAACUUGUGUCGAUGUUCAAGCUCAUAUUCUUUACAACAAAUCAGGGACUGCCAUCGCCAAAGUGUAUUUGGUGCAAGUUUAUCAAGUGCAAGAGGUCACACGAAUCUGUGUUUUUUUCAUUUCCUAUUUUUGGCUUGAGCAUAUAAACAAAAGUAUGAAAAACAAGCUGUUUUGUGUGUGUUGGAUUCAUAAAUGAAUAACGAAAUACAUUUUUUUUAGUUUCCGACUUCAGAUUUCGAAUUGAAUAUGAAUAGAACAAAUGAUGCACAUGAUAACGUAGGGGUCCUGGCUAAACUUGUGGUCUUUUUUCAUUUAUAAUGUACAUUUAUUGCUUCAGAUAUAUAAGAUAAUGAAUAUAAUAAAUAAACACAAGUAAUAAAACAUA